CAUGUGACGUAAAGGGCGCAAAUAUACAAGGGAGGUGUUUGUAAUAAGUUGAGGCGCUUCAGUGGCAGAAUUUUCCACAAUAGGGAAGAUGCACAACUGGCAAGAGAACGAAAUAAAAGAACUUUUGACCAUCCGGGGGUCGGAAGCCAUCCGUAACCAGAUUACGGGCACAGUGAAGGACUCUGUAGUGUACAACAGGAUGACCAAACUGCUGGCGGAGAGGGGGGUGUACAGGUCACACAUGCAGGUGAUCAGUAAACUGAAGGCACUAAGGAAGCAGUACACCAAGUAUCACCAGCAGAAGACCCGCUGCGGGAGCGACCGCGUCGACUGGCCGUUUUAUGAGCAAUGCCACCGGGUUUUCGGGAAUGCCUCCGCGGGGAACCCGGUUAAACGGCAGAGGAGUCCCACACCCCCACCUGCACCCUCACCCCCACCGCCAUCUCCCCCGCCGCCCGAGGAGGUUGUCGUCGGCCUCUGGGACGACGUUGACGACAAGGAGAUCAACAAGCAUCUGGGUCCAGUGGAGGCAGAGGACGACGAUGAGUACAGCCCGUCAGAACAGUUACAGUCCAUUAACGCCAUUUUAAUCAUAGUGCACUCAGUGGUCAAGCGUUGGCGGACAGCAGCAUGUCUGUCACAGUACAAACCUCGCUGUUAUGACCAUCAAACUGAUUGAGAGUGGAGGAGACCCGCAGACAGUCAGCAUAUACAGUUCCAUCGAAGAAAAAGAAAACAACAGUGAUGGAGCAAGUCUCUACUUUAGUGUCAGCAACAGUCGCACAGCUCAGAGAGAUGGACGCUUCCAUGCAGGCGCAGGAGGAUGCCCGGCUACAAAGGUUGAUGGACCAUGAGAAGGAAAUGCAGAACAAUCUUAUGAGUCAGCUGGUAGCCAUGCAUGAAAGGAUCAGCCAGCAAAACCACGAGAAACAUCUUGAACUUGUGGACAGGAUACUCUCGAGGUUCCCUUCACCUUCAGCACCUUCAGGUCCCUGACUGACACUUCCUGUGUGAGUGGUGAAGGCAUAUAACAGGGUUCAGAUGUAGGGAACACUUCGGUCUCUCUCCUCCAGCAGCUGUCUAAUGCCUAAGUCCACGUUCUUUUUGUUUUCACUGUAACAAUGUAAAGAGAGCUCAGUCACUGAGAUCAUCUUGCCUUUAACCUCAACUCUGCUCACUUGUAGCUAAUACAAAUCCAGGGUAAAAAAAACAAAAAAACAGGCCAAAUUCACACCAGAGGCCUGAUUCUGUGCUCAUAUGGCUUUGUUUUUAUCUUUUUAGUUAACUCUUGAACAAUGUCAUUGUAAAGAACAAUGACUCUGCAUUAUAAUAGUGGACUGUAGCACCAUUAUUCCAUUUCAAAAAUAAUUUGUCAAAUGCAGAUUAAAAUGUGGUUUUGUCAUGCAAACAAAGUUGGUGGUACACACACAACACAAAAUUCAAUACCCCACUGAACAGCUAAAACAGUCAUAAUCAUGUAAAUGUAAUCUUAACGGACUGUACUGUAUUGUAUACUUGUAGUCUUCCCUCCCACUCAGAGCGCUUUACAAUACAUGUCAUAUUCACCCAUUCAGACACUGAUGCCAGUGGCUAGUUAUACACACACCAGGAGAAAUUUGGGGUUCAGUAUCUUGCUCAAGCAGACUUCAAAACGCAUUCUGAUUAGUAGACGACCCGCUGUAUCUCCUGACCCACAGCUGCCCCUCGUAGAGCAUAUGAAAACAUAACCAUCAUUUAAAGACUUAUUGUUAUAAUCAUUACUUUUACUUUUUUUGACUCCAGUGACUCAAAACUUGCUUAGGAAUCUUUGAAUGUGUGUAUCAGAACAUCAGAUCUGUGUCAAUGUAAGGCUGAAAAUCUGAAAUUGGAGACUGAACACCUGCAGUGUGAACAUUUUUUUCAGUUAACAUGAAAGAAGACAAUGAUUCCCCCCAAAAAACAAAACAUGCUGUGGUUUCUGUUGUAUUUAUGGAUGCGCUGUUACCUCUUCUACCACCUCACCUUAGCAUGUUGGAGUGAACAGUGAACUAAACGCAGCAAAAGCAGGCAGCUGCUACAACCUUUAGUUGUUACUAAGCAUUGGAUUUAAUUUGGGGUCAUUAUAAAGAGUGGCUUCAGUAAGUAAUAAGUUACUGGACAACAUGGGUGAUAAUAUUGUUGAAAUUUGGCAUUUAGAAAAAGCAUUGCUGUGUCAAACAUCGAUGUGAACGUCAUGUUUCACCCAGCAGUGCUCCCCAGAGGGAAAGGAAACCAGAGCAUGCUGUAUGCACCACUGUAGCAGAACAAAAGCUGCUCUUCAGUGGUUCAUGAAUGGUAGUCUGUUUUUAGCACAGCUCAUAAAUGAUGUAUGCUGAUGGAUAUCAUAACAAGAAAAAUAUACACAGUAACUGAUAAAUAAAUUCUGAGAUUUAUUAGAAAAAUCCAUUUAGAAGACAAUACAGAAAAAUCUAAAUACGUAGUGUUACACUUUACAAACUGAGUGCUUGGGUCGCUGUUUUAGGUGUCAUUCUUGGCUGACACAAAAUUCCCGGUUGCAUUCAUGGUCAUCAGCAAUCCGGGAGAUAACGUGUCAUUGAGGAAAAACACCUUCUGUAUAAGACUGCGGCAUCAGACAAAUUACACUCAAACGUAUGCUGCUACAGUGGCAACACAACAUUAAAGGUAGGCCUGUUAGUUUCACUUUCCUUAUUGAUUGAAAAGAAACAAAAGUAAUGGAUCAUCUGAAUUUGACUGAGCGUUGAGCACUGGCUUUUAUGAAUCACAAUGGGUGGACUAUAAGCUAAAUAGGCUUUGAUUUUAAACGUGUGGCGCAGUUAACUUGGAUGUGUAUUUUUACUGUAGAUACUGUUAACCAUGUUUUACUGUUUUAAAUGUAUUGUUUGUUCUUUUCAACAGUUUUUAACUGAAUUAAUAUGUAUAUUAUAUAUUUAAACAGAGGAAGACUUCAGAAAUGCAGGGUAAUCUGAAGUUGAUAAAGUGAUCAAUUAUUUGUGUUGGGGAAGAUGACGCCCUGCUCGUGUAUCUUCUUGGUGAUGUAGCAGCCCGUCUGAUCCAGAUGUGCUAUGCAUUGUGGGAUGGAAACGGACCCCAUAACCAGCUGGUGUUCAGAAUCACAGCUGCAUUAUGGGUUCCGUUACAAUCCCACCCACUAAAUCAAGCUUUGGCUCAGGUCUGGUCAGGUUAACACAGCUAAAAGAAAGGAAAAAUUAUUAUUAACAGGGGGGAAAAAAGGUGAGUGGGACUAAUCCACCAAAAUGUUACAAUUUGAACUGCAAGUCAUGAAAGAAAUUGAAACCAUUUUUGCAAUCACUUCUGAUAGUCACAGCUAUUCAAAGUAAGGAAAACUACACAAGACAAGCAGACUAAUGCCUCUCUCGACCUUUCAGUACAGCUUAACGAUCCGUUACAUGAUUGCAACGACUUGCAAAGGAGCGGUUUUUCCAAUGUCGGACUGUAUGAGCAGCAGAAAGUUCGUAAUAAUACAUCAGCUUCAUCUGGCUUGCUUUGUUCUGUCCUCUGGUUUUUCAGUGCUGAUACAACCUAAUUUAAAACGAUCACGAAUGGUUCACAUAGUCUAAUGAAACCUUUGUAAGUUGUGGUUUUAAUUACAUUUAUACUGAAUGGAAAAUAUUUCUCCUUGCGUUAUGUAUGUAUCUGAUGCUCAGCAAAUAAGUGGAGAAAACAUUUCACUAACAAAUGACUGGAACAUUUUUGGACACACCGAGAAAGAAUUAUUUCGUUUAGAUUUUAAUUAUUGCCGUCAACGGUUUUAUCUAACACUAAGCUCUUUAAGAAUAGCUCACAGUUCCUUAAUUACGACAGGGGGAAGAAAUGCUUGAUUUGAAUGUUGUAAAAUGACCAAGACAGUUACUGUAUAUAAAGCCAAAGCCCCUGUAUCUACAAAACUGGCACUUGGGAGGUCAUCAAAUUAUUGCUCCAUUUGCUUUCAAUUUAAGUGCAUAAGAAACAAAGGCAUUUAAAGUAUAAAUCAUCUUAUUUUGUAAUUAAUUUUGAAGAAAUUUUUGAUUUGGUAAAUUGGUGGUUCAAAUGUAAGCAAUGUAUUUUAAAAAAGAAAAGAAAAAACAAAGCAACUAAUAAAAGUUUAGAAUAGAGAUUAGAUUCAUCUUUAAGGAAUUACUGCUACAUUUUUAGCAUGAAGCCCCAUUAAAAGCCUAGUUGGAGAACUGGUCUUGUUUUUAGUUUAGUCUACCAGAACACUCUAGAUUAGGAGUGGCAGCAGUAGGCCAUUUUCUGUCAGCAGGAAUCAAAACGAACUAAAAAAAAACCUGGAAAUUGUUUUAGCAUACAGUUUUAAAACCAACAAGAUUUUGAAGAUUUAUGCAACUGAAACGUGUCAGCUUUAUCAGAUUUUCUGUCCAUAAAAUAUUGUAGCAGGGAAUGUUGUCACUUACAGUAUCAUACUUACAAACCCAUCUUGAAAAACCUGUUAUGUAUCAUGUGCCAAAAGGGGGGGGGGGGGAAGCAAGCAAAACGGGACACAGGAGGACAGCCUGACAAGGAAGAGCUGAUAGAACGAUAAAAGGAAGGAGAGAGCUGAAAAAAUUAAGGAAGAGAUUUACAGGGCUCUUCCUGUGGAGCUUAAAAUAGGUUUUAGACCCUGAUUUAAGGCUGCAUUAAUUUCUCGUGUCCUCAAAAGCAGUGAAAAAAAAAAAAAAUAGAAACACCGGAAAGAUACGAGGCAGUUGGUGAAAGAAAGAGAGGAGUUGGAUACAAUGACAGAGGCUGAAACAUGCUUUCAGUUUGACAUGUUCUGGAUAAUAAAGCUUGAAUGAUCUUGAAUGUUCUAACAAUGAGACGUAUGAUGGAAUAAACAUUUAUUGCAGGCAUUAAAACAAAACGUUAUGAGGAGAAUACAAGUACAAAGGUUAAAAGUAAGAAGUCAAAUCAAGAGAAAGAGAGAAGUGGAAUGGGGAAUGUCACUUUACAAAGCCAGUAGGGUGAAAGCAAAGUAAAAGUACACCAGGAACUGCCAAAAACAUACCAGUAUAAAUUGUUCACAGUGAUGAUAAAGUUUGAAAAACAAUGUUUUAAAAGUUCUCACCAACAUCUCAGAGUAGUGCGUCCUGCCCUGUAGCCCCGUCUGCCAACAGCACUGGGAGUCUAAACUUCCUCUUUAAAUACUCUAGAGAUUCAUUUCACUUUCACUUCUCCUGAUCAGACAAAACUCCUCCUUUCCUUCCUUUAUCCACUCCCUCCCUGUCUCCUUUCCCUGCUGGAGAGAGACAAGAGGUUCUAUUUUGCCUUUUUAAAAUGUUCUUUAUUUCAAAUACGCUGUAGCUGAAGAUGAAUUAUUCAUUAUAUUAUUAUUUUUGUCAUUUUACUUGCUGCAGCAAUCAGUUGUCAUUUAAAGUUGGACUUCUUUUGUUGUCUUUCAGUUUAUUUGUUAAACCUGAAGUGAUUAGGUAUAAUUUAAUUUAAAUAUUUUUAUAUAGAAUGAGAUACAUUCAAACAUUAAUAUAGUCUCGUUUUAAUAUCUUACGGACAGAUACGUGAAGUAAAAUCAGUUCAGAAUGUACACUGAUCCCAGUUUGUCAUAAUGGUUAUGUGUUAUGACUUAAAUGUAUUUAAUUUAGAUAUUGUAUACAGAGUUUGCACAUUGACUGAUUUAACUGUUUUCUCAGUUUUUCCAGUUGUGGUGUCUGUUGUGGGUAAAAUUUUAUAAAGGGUCCAGUCACCCAAAACAAUAUUUAGUUUUGGUUUUAUCUGUUAUGUUAAACAUAUUAAAUACAGAAACAAAUGACAAAACAGACCCUGUGACGAGUUUGCACUAGAAAUACUUGAUGCUAAAACUGCCCCCAUGAAAACUGUUAAUGGCGUGUUUAGUGAAUUAUCCUGACUAAAGAGGACACUACUUCUGGAAAGAGAUGUUGGUGUUACAUUUUUCUACAUGUAAUUAUUCUGUGCUGUAAGCACCACAAACACAAUUAGAGUGAUGAUAUCACAAAACAAAUAAAACCAAAUAUCUGUGUCGCUAGA